AGAGAGAGAGAGACGGUCGUGGGGGCGGGACUGGCUGGUUAUGGUUUUUCAGUACCGCGGACAGCUCCAGUCUCUGGACUGCAGGAAGCGACGCUGAAACACAGCUGGAUGAUAUACAAACUGAUAAUAAUAAAAAAACGACUUACAUCGACCUAUAGACUAUCCUCCAGUUCACACCGCAUCUUUUUUUCUCCCCCUUUCUUCUUCUCGAUGCUUGAGGUGUCUCCGUGUUUUUUCGGCCUGACUGUGGACUGCAUUGUCUAUGCGUCUUCAAUCUGUUUCCUGCUGCUCUUCCUGUUACUGGCAACCACGGUGCAGUGAGAGUACUUUUUAGUGGAGGGGGGUGGGGGGGUUGUGGUUUGACCUCCUCCAAGUUUUUUUUUUUAAAUCCCCCCCACCCCCGCCCCCAAUCUAUCCACUUCAGUCUGAAACGUUCAAACGCCGCCGCUCGGUUCCUUGAUUAUGUUUAGGUGUGGGAUUUCUCUCAAAGCCCAUGUGUGGAUGUUACUUUAUGAUGCAGAAGGAAGAUGAAGUUGAGUGGUUUCAGUAACCGUUGGUGCAUACUCUGAGAUGAGAUAGGCGACCUGCAUCUGCAACAUUGGCUGUAAUCCUCAUAUCAGAGUGGAUCAGACGCAUUCUUUCUUCUUCAUCUUUUUUUUCUUUGUGGACAACAGCCAGAAAGCAAGAUGAGGUGCCUCUAUGACUUUUUAAAUUGCACCUAAGAGAGAGAAAGAGAGAGUGGGUCAUUUUUAGCCUGCUACUGCUGCAGGAGGCGACGUUUUCUUUCUUUCGCUGCCCAAUCGAGUUGGGAUCUGAGAGGAGACCGCAAACUCUGGGAAAACAAAGAAAGCAGAGUGAGUCUUUCUUCUCUCCACCCCUAAACCUGAAAUAUAUAAAAGCACGGUAGAAAAUGAAGAAGUUUCGGAAGGUGUUGGACGGCUUGACCACCUCUUCGCCGGGAGGGACUAUCGGAUCCCCAUCGUGCGGCAGCGCGGCAGGGACUCCCACAGCGGCGCCAACUCCCAAGGAAAUCGACGUCCAAGAGACGCUAGUGUCGGAAAACUUUCAGCUGUGUAAGACAGUGCGUCAUGGUUUCCCUUACCAGCCCACUGCUUUGGCCUUUGACCCUGUGCAGAAGAUCUUGGCUGUUGGCUCGAGAUCAGGCGGCAUACGGAUACUGGGACGACCUGGGGUGGACUGCUACUGUCAGCAUGAGAGCGGAGCAGCUGUUCUUCAACUGCAGUUCCUCAUCAAUGAGGGAGCGCUGGUCACAGCCUGUGCAGAUGACACGUUACACUUGUGGAAUUUGCGGCAGAGGCGACCGGCUAUCCUCCAUUCACUCAAAUUCAACAGAGAGAGGAUCACGUUUUGCCACCUUCCCUUUCAGAGUAAAUGGCUGUAUGUGGGGACAGAACGCGGCAAUACACACAUCGUCAACAUCGAGUCAUUCAUUUUGUCUGGAUAUGUCAUCAUGUGGAACAAGGCCAUUGAACUAUCAACUAAGACUCAUCCAGGACCUGUGGUUCAUUUGAGCGACAGCCCAAAGGAUGAAGGCAAGCUGCUUAUAGGGUUUGAGAGUGGGACAAUUGUACAGUGGGAUCUCCGGGGCAAGAAGGCCGACUUCAGAAUCUACUAUGAUGAGGCCAUCCACUCAGUCAGCUGGCAUCAUGAAGGGAAACAGUUCAUGUGCAGUCACUCAGACGGCAGCCUGACGCUGUGGAACCUCAGAAACACCACCAAGCCAUUCCAGGUCACCUUCCCUCAUGGAAAGAUACAGAAGGAUGGGAGGAAGGAGUCAUGUAAACCCAUACUCAAAGUGGAGUACAAGACAUCAAGGAGCAGCGAGCCUUUUGUUAUCUUCUCUGGGGGUCUUUCAUAUGACAAGGCAGGACGGCGACCAACAUUAACCAUCAUGCAUGGCAAAGCCAUCACUGUGCUCGAGAUGGACUAUCCUAUUGUAGAGUUCAUGGUGCUCUGUGAGACUCCUUACAACAAUGAGGUUCAGGAGCCUUAUGCAGUGGUAGUGCUUCUGGAAAAGGACUUAAUUGUGGUGGAUCUGACACAGAGCAACUUCCCUGUCUUUGAGAACCCUUAUCCCAUGGACAUCCAUGAGUCUCCAGUUACCUGCACAGCCUAUUUUGCAGACUGUCCACCUGACAUUAUCCCCAUCCUUUACUCUAUAGGAGCUAAACACAAGAAGACUGGUUACAGCCAAAAGGAGUGGCCAAUCAGUGGAGGAACAUGGACGUUAGGCUCCCACACCUAUCCAGAGAUCAUCAUCACAGGACAUGCUGACGGAUCAAUUAAGUUCUGGGACGCAUCUGCAAUCACGCUGCAGAUGUUGUACAAGCUGAAGACCUCCAAAGUGUUUGAGAAACCAAAGCCAGGUGAGGGCCGUGCCGCCGAGUUGGUGGAGGAAGACCCCUUUGCUGUUCAGAUGGUCAGUUGGUGCCCUCAGAGUCGCAUCUUCUGUGUGGUUGGCAUCUCAGCCCACAUCAUCCUGUAUCGAUUCAGUAAAUACGAUGCCAACACUCAGAUAGUGUCAUUAGAGGUACGCCUGCAGUGUGAGUCAGAAGAUGUCAUCUCCCCAUCAGAAAAUGAAAACAAUCCCUGCUUCUCAGAUCCUGGCUCCCACUCACCCCAACCACACCAUCAACACCCAGCUAGCCCCAGCAGUGGAACACCAGAGGGUAUCAAAAACAGCAUCCCCUGCCUCAAAGUGAAGGACCGGGUGGUUCGUGUCCCCCCUGGCUACCAGGCAGAGCUGGUCAUUCAGCUACUGUGGGUAGAUGGAGAACCUCCACAACAGAUCACCAGCCUGGACAUCAACUCUGCCUAUGGCCUUUUGGCAUUUGGGAACUGUAAUGGCCUAGCGGUGGUGGACUACUUGCAGAAAACCAUUCUGUUGUGUAUGUCGACACUGGAUCUAUACGGACCUGCCGAUCCCUACCAGCGCCUUACCCGCUCCCCACGCAGGAACAGACAGUCCACCUCAGAGUUUUGCAUGCGUGGCCUGUCUAACUUUUAUUCAGAUUCAAAGAAAAGGAUCCGUACAUCCUACCAGAGUCUUACUGAACUCUCUGACAACCAGCAGUCCAUUGACAUGGAGAGAAGCAAGUCGCCAACUUCAGUUCAUUACCCAACCUCCCUUCACAAUGACCCACGCAUCCUGCCAGAGCCUGUGGCCAGUCUGAGAGCCAGCCACUGCAGUCCAGUCUUUUACUUACUGGACAAUGUAAAGGGACCCGGCAGAAAGUUAAGUCUGCCAACAGAUCUUAAGACUGAUCUUGAUCAUGUCAAUGGACAUUGCACUAGCCCCACCUCCCAGCCCUGCUCGGCGGGGAAGCCUCGAGUCCCAAUGGGUCCCGAGGGACCACGGCUUACCCGCAGAGGCCCUGGCCGACCGCCCUUCCGCAAGGCCCAGUCUGCUGCUUGCAUGGAGAUCUCUUUGCCUGUGUCCCACACUGAAGGUUAUGCAUCCAGGAGGGCAAUGCUUCAGCAGUUACACGGAGUCACUAUGUACUCCCACGAUGAGCACCACACCACCAGCCCCUACUGCUGGAGUGAGAGAGAGAGUCGUGAAAACUCCUUCAGCCGCUCGCGCAGUUCCAGUGUGUCCAGCAUUGACCGAGACACCAAAGAGGCUAUCACCACACUGCAGUUUGGGGAGUCCUAUGGGCGCAAGAGUGAUGCCCUGCCCACCCCAUGUUUGUGGGUGGGCACCAGCUUAGGCGUGGUCCUGCUCAUCCCAAUGUCCAUUCCCACUGACCAAGAGGAGAGAAUGGAGGAACCUGUCACCAUUGGCCCCAGUGGAGCAGUCUUGAUGCUGAAGGGCUCUGUGUUGCGCUUUGGUUUCUUGGACUGCAUGGGAGUGCUCAUUCAGAGCCCCUACGAGGUUUGGCGAGACCUCAAUGCCUCUGAGGACCCUGACCGACCGCGAAGACGCAAGCUGGUCCACUUUUCCCCAUCAUCCUCCCAGGAUGCCUGCGGAGAUGGGCACUUGGCUGUAGUGUGCUCGGAGAGGCAGGCCAAAGUAUUUUUGAUGCCCUCGCAGUCUUGCCUCUUUGUCCACAACAUCACAGAGUCAUCAUUUGUACUGAGAGCUGACGUGGUGUCUGUGUGUAACAGCGUCAGCUUGGCCUGCUUUUGUGCAAAUGGCCACGUCAUGACACUCAGUUUGCCCAGUCUAAGACCGCUGAUGGAUGUCAAUUACCUGCCUCUGACAGACAUGCGCAUUGCAAGAACCUUUUGCUUCACCAAUGGGGGGCAGGCAUUAUACCUUAGCUCCCCAACAGAGAUCCAGAGAAUUACAUACAGCCAGGAGAUGUGUGACAAUCUGCAGGAAAUGCUGGGAGAGCUGUUUACACCAAUAGAAACACCAGAAGCCCAGAACAGAGGCUUUCUAAAGGGCUUCUUUGGAGGAAACGCCCAUACCUUCGACAGAGAGGAGCUCUUUGGUGAGGCAGCAGCUGGGAAGGCGUCCCGCAGUCUGGCGCAGCACAUCCCUGGGCAGGCGGGGGUGGAGGGCAUGAAGGUGGCGGCAAGUGGAGCCGUGGGGGAGCUGGCUCGAGCCCGCAUUGCUCUGGAUGAGAGAGGCCAGAGACUGGGGGAGCUGGAGGAACGAACUGCCCUCAUGAUGACCAGUGCAGAAACCUUCUCCAAGCACGCUCAUGAGCUGAUGCUAAAGUGCAAGGACAAGAAGUGGUACCAGUUCUAAUAGCAGUAAGGGCUGAGGCUGCCCUUGGAUUGCUGAGAGCUUUAUGCUGGGAAAGGGACUUUCACUCUACAAAUGAGAGCAAUUAAAAGCGAGACUCAAGAGUGACUUUGUCUUUAUGGCUUCUGGACUGGCUAUACUGUAUGUGCGGUACUCUCACAUUGUUGAAUGACAAGGACGGGCUAGUUCCUUGUCUAGACAGGCAAUGGUAAGAACAGAAAGAGGAUGGCAGCAUUUGAAGGACUGAGGAAACUGGAACUGGAAGUAUCCGACAAGUCUGUGUGCGUGUGCAUGUGUGUGUGUGUGCGUGCGUACAUGUGUGUGUGUGCGUGAGUAUGUGUGUGGUUAGGUUUUCUGGACCUCACUGUGUAGAUACUCAAAAGUUAAGAAACCAACAAGAAAUGCAUGAAACAAAAAUGGAUGACUAUUAAAAAUAUCCAACUGCCAUAUUAAAAAGCAGCAUGCUACUUUAACAGGAGAUACAAAAAUAAAAAGUUUUAUUUAAUGAUGUAAGCCAACAACAGAAACUAUGAAAAACUUUAUAUUUUUUGAAAUACUAACAAAAACUAUAUAUAAAAAGGGAAAUGUAUACUUGCAUUGCUAUUAAGCCAAAAGUUGUGUUCCUUUCCCUUUUUUUUUCAAUUUUUAUUUUUUGGUUCGUUUUAAUUUUUUUCUUAGUCUCUGCAAAUAUUACUUGACACCAUAUAAAUACACAUGGCUAUCUCUACACACACUCAUAGAAUAAUGUUAAAACUUUGUUCAUACCAAUUACUCUGGGCUGCACAGUGCAAACACAAAUCAGUAGUAUUUACACUUAACUCUGCACAAUCUAAUCACACAAAUUUAAUUUAACUUUUCGGCUGCUGCUACUUACAAAAGCAUUAAGCAAUGAUGACAAAUAUCUAACUCCCCAACUAUAAUUGUAUGAAAACAGAACAGAUUGGUGUGAGGCGUAUGUAAAGGCUGAAAGAGAUAAAAGCAUAUUCUGGACAGAAUGUGUUUAUGUUUAUAGUAGGAACCUAUAUACUAUUCACGUGCCAUAAAAGACAAGAUGGGUGAAUCCACUUACUGUAAACUAACAAAGAGCUAAUGAGUAGUGAGUUGUCAUCAUAUGUUUCCUGUUGAUCAGAGCAAAUGAAAAAAAGUAAUUAAAAAUUAAAAACACCCUCACAUAUAUAUAUAUAUAUAUAUAUAUAUAUAUAUAUAUAUAUAUAUGAGGGUGUUUUUAAAUUUUUUUUUGGUUGUUCACCAUUUGAGUCUUUAGCUGCCUCUGUCAGAUGUACAAGUUUAGUGAGCCAUUUUGUGUGUGUGUGUGUGUGUGUGUGUGUGUGAGAGAGAGAGAGAGAGAAAGAACGCCACAAAUGUUAAAGCGGACUCUUUCUCUGUCAAAGCAAUCAAAAAUGAAUGACACCCUCUCAUCUCUCUCCAUCUCAGUCUUUUAAAAGUUGUGGAAUGUGCAUUUUUGGUGUUAAACCGCAGUGGUCCUCUUUUCACAAUCAUAAACGACACUUGUAACAGUUGUCACUGUCUUUGUGACAAGAAAACAAAGAAGAGUUGGAAUCACAUGUAAGUCUGGUUUUUGUUUUCAGUAAAAGUUUCAGGAGAAGUAACAGUAUUUUUCAGUGAUGUUCAGAUGUUGAGUUAGUGAGGAAACUAUGUACGUGUGUAGAACAUUUGCAACAAUUUCAACUGAAGGCAAAUUUGUCAUUUUCUUUCAUUCAAUAUUGUUCUUGAUGACUAUGAUAUCCUCUUGUUGCAGUCCUAUAUUUGAUGGUGAAGGCCUCUCGACUGAAGGCUUUUGUAUGUUAAAAACAACAAAUGUUUCAUGAUACAUGGUUGUGUAUCAUAUUGUGAUUGUGUUGUACAUGUCAAUGGGUAGCCACAUGACAUUGGGAAACAGCAUUAAUGGAGGAGGAUAUUUUGUACCUGUGUAUUUGUCUGUAUUUUGAAUUGACCUGAAAGGCCAAACAGAGGAUUAUUGAUCAUGUCUCACACGUCAGGCCUUUAAGCACACAAGCAUUAACAUAUGUAACACAUUGUGUCUUGAUCAUGUAGACGUCACCCCCACAUAAAAUACACACAGCGACACAUACAGUAUACUCAAUGCCUAAAAAAGACACAGACACAAGUGAAUCUGCACUGGUGUUCAUUUCAUGCCUGCUACUGUCAGGCUGCUGAGGCAUUCCUUGGGCUUAAAUGGCCUUCAGACCCAUUUAUUUAUAACUCAAGUCAACUGAAUCUGAAAGGAGAUCCAUGUGGAUAUCUAGUUACACGUGAUUCGAUUGAAUGAGAGGUCUUAAAUGUAACAAAAAAAAUAAGAAUAAAUAAAUUUCUCUUCUAUCUCUGUACCGUCAAUGAGAUUUGUGUUCAGUGCAGUUCUGUCAAUGGCAGAGAAAACACACAAAAAAACAAACCAAAAAAAAAAAAAAAAAAACCAAAAGAAAAUAGAAAAAAAUCUGACGACUUCUGACAGGGUGUUUUGUUAGUAUGUUUUUGGUUUUUAUAUUAAAUGUACAGUUAAAUCUUGGGUGAAAGGUGAAACAAAAAAUGUUAAAAGAUAAGAACAUUCUUGGGAUAUUUUUCUCCGUAUAUGUUGUACCUGUUACUGCUGGUACUGUAUCUGGUAUUCUGGCUUUGUCUAAAUCACUGGAACUCUGUAGUUCUUCACACUGUAGUAUCCUGAAAAGGCAUUUCUCUGGUUUUCUCAAUGAUGGCAGCAAAGUUUGUCUUAUUUAAAUGGAUUCUACCACUUUUUGUUCUUAUUGAUAUUAUACUAGUGUAAUAGAAAUUACUUGACAAAAAAGAACUGAAAAUAUGUUGAUGCAAAAGCAAACUGAAAUAAACAUUGAUUGAUGUA